UCACAAACAGUCAUGUUGUCCAUGCUGCUCAGGCUGUUUCGUAGGGACAAUACAAUACAACCAGAGACCAGACCUAGGCAGAAGGCAUUCUGUAAAGCAGGAAGAAGGAGAUGGCCCUGGGGAAGACACAGGUCUGUUGGGAAAGAGUCCUCCCAAGCCUACACCAUCAGUGAGCAGGAGCAGAGAAUGAAGAGGUUGGAGAAGCUCAAAAGGGACCUUGAAAGAAUGAAGAACGAGAGGGACGAACUCCGGGGCAUCCUGGCACUUUAUAGUGACAAGGAUUUGAACAACAGGUUCAACUUUGAGAUGAUGAUGCUGGUGACGCAACACGACCAGGUGAUGAGCGAGCUCAAAAACAUUCCGCAGCAGAUCAGUGAGGCCUUGUACAAGUGCCAGGAGUUGACCAAAAAUAAUCAACUUUACAGCAUCAGGAACUGUCACCUCCUGACUGAGUCUCUUCAUAUGAAGAGUGAAGUAAAAAUGCUCUGGAAUGCAAACAGGCAGCUGCUUAAGGAACAGAUUACACUGGAAGUGUGCUCUAAGGAAACAAGGAGGCUAUGUGUGGAGGCCAGCAUGAAGAUCUAUGACAAAUUUUCCAAGUAUAUCCAACAGGUUUUUGCACUACACGCUUGCAAGUCCCCAGAGGCCAGGCCAGAAGAGGUCAGUGGAUUCCACCUGGAACUGAAGUUCAGUGAUUAA